AUGGCGCUCCUGAUACCGAAUGGCUUCUUCACGCUAUGGCUGCUUACAUACUUGACCAGCUUUGGUGGCAGCAGCAUCCCUCCCUCCUCAGCCUCAGCCUCCGCCUCCAACCACAACCACAUCUUCAACGCCCUCCACUCCACCCUCCGCCAAUGGGACGAAUCCCUGCACCACAACGGCGUCUCCUUCUUUCUCGCGACCAUCCCGGCCGGCACGCGUCUCUACCACGGCCGCGGCGACACCGAGCUGCUUGGGGACGGGGUGAUGGAGUGGUUGGCGCUAGAGCCGGAGCAUGCGAGUAAUUUUGCUGUGAGGGUGGAGCGCAAUGGUUCUGAGCCGGACCUUUCGCCCAAGUGGGGUUGGACGUGGCAGCAGGUACAGGUACAGGAACAGGAGCCAAGCCAAGGCCAGGACUGGGUGCACGGCCGCGGCCCUGCUGCGAUGGGCGAGGAGAUGCGUCUUGUUCCGCUACACGCUCUGUCUUCCUCUGCUGCCGGUGGAUGUGCGUCUGAGGCUUCUUCAGCCGAUCAGAGGCUCCUCCUGGGCCAACCACAACCACGACCACCGCCACAGAACGACUAUAAACUCUACCCAGGCUACCUACACACCUACACCGCAACACGCGACCUACGACUCCUUUACAUCGACGGCCAAUCCGCCGCCAAGUCGCCCAUCGGCACGCUGUCCAGCCAGGACCUCAUCCUCCUGCGGCACUCCUCCAAGCGGCCCAAAGGACUUUUCGGCGAGAGCGCGCGCGCCAGGGGACUCUGCGAACUGGCGGCCAACGAGUGGGGCCGCAGCAUCGAUGGAGUCGUGCGCAUGGAGCAUGGUUUUGAGGUCAUCGCGUGUGACUUCGGGGUGGUGCGGCGCAUGGGCGUCGUCGAGAAGUGGAGGCUGGGGCUUGAUUUCUGGCAUUUCUUGACCGCGGUUGCGGAUAGGUAUGGAGGGGUGGGUGAUGGGAGGGUGAGGGUGCGGACGGAGAGGUUUGUUAGUGUGUAUGCGGAUCCGGAGAUGGGGCGGUUGUGGCAGGACAGUGAGGAUGGGGUGUUGCCGAAUAUCAGUCGGAUUUCGGACACUGCGGCGGAAAGGGUGGCGGGGCAGGUGAGGGAGUUGGUGAUGAGUGGAAGGCUCCCAGGAGAGGUAGAGGAGAAUGGUCGGCGGCAGGAAGUGGAUUGGAGGGAGAUUUCAGAUCUGUACGUGACGCGCUAUGCUCGCAGGCUGCAGUACCUUUCCGAGCGGGAAGCCUGGGCGUCGGCCGAGGCAAGGGCCAAUGCUACCCAGGCCGUGUAUGGAGUGUACCUCGACGGAGCUGACUAUGAGACACAUGACAGUCGGCCGGCGAUUCAGAGAUGCACGGAGGCAUUUAUACCCCCUGCCCAGCUUGAUUUGCCGUGGGAGGAGCAGAGCAUGGCGCAGCAAUCAGUGACGAACGUGGCGUGUGAGAUUUGCACUGUGCUGUAUUCCGUCAUGACUAUACUCGCGGGAGAUUUUGAAGAGCAGCAGAUGAGGCUCGACGGGUUGAAGGAGUGGUUGCAGUGGCCAGCAUUCAAAGUCUGUGAUGAGGGGAGGGGCUGUAGGGUCGACGAGGUCUGUUUCGUGGCCAUUUGGCCGUGGGGUGGGAAGGAGGAUCACGAGGAGCCACGGUGCUGGGAUAGGGAAGCGUUGGCUAGGAGGACGGGCCUUGGAGGAUACUGGCGGAUGGGAGAAGCGAGGUAG